AUGGGAGAAAGGUCUCCAAUGAGAUCGAGAUCUCCAAUGAGAUCUUCAGUGAGACUUCGGAAUUUAAUGUCUCAGCUCAAAUCUUCAAGGAGAUCAAGAUAUCCAAUGGGAUCCAAAUCUCCAAAGAGAAGAGUAAUGACUCCAAAGACUACAGCAAAGUCUCCAAGGAGAACCAAAUCUCCAAUGAGAUCCAGGUCUACAAGGAGAUCCAGGUCUCCAAGGAGAUCCAGGACUCCAAUGAGAUCCAAAUCUCCAAUGAGAUCCGAAUCUCCAAAGAUGAGAGCCAAGUCUCCAAAGAUGGGAACAAAGUCUCCAAUGAGAUCAAGAUCUCCACGGAGAUCCAAAUCUCCAAUGAGAUCCGAAUCUCCAAAGAUUAGAGCCAAGUCUCCAAAGAUGGGAGCAAAGUCUCCAAUGAGAUCGAGAUCUCCAGGGAGAACCGAAUCUCCAAUGAGAUCCAGGUCUACAAGGAGACUCAGGUCUCCAAAGAGAUUUGAAUCUCCAAUCAUAUCAAGAUCUCCAAGUAGAUCCAAAUCUCCAAGGUUGAGAGCCAAGUCUCCAACGAGGAGAGUAAAGCUUCAGAGGGAGUAUUUGGGCUACACAGUGUCCAACAUGAUACUGGAGGCUGUUUCCGCUUCCAAAGAGCGCCAUGGAAUAUCCCUGCCUGCCUUGAAGAAGGCUCUGCAGGCUGGAGGAUACGAUGUUGCGAGGAACAACACCAGGGUCCUCCUCACCAUCAGACGCCUAGUGGCCAGCAAAGCUUUGGUUCAGAAAAAGGGCCAAAUAAAAUACAAAUAA